AAUAAUCGUAGGCACCUCCUACAAGGCUUGAGUGAACUGGGAGUUGGAAGUCCUUGUUUUCAACUAGAAAAUGGAGAGCCCCAAUCAAAGUGCCGCUCAGGAGUUCAUCUUCUCUGCUUUCCCCUAUUCCUGGGGAAGUUCUGUCACCUGUUUUAUUCCACUGCUCUUCAUUUACACCUUCAUUGUCAUUGGAAACCUUGUCAUCAUCACAGUGGUCCAGCUGAAUGCUCCCCUCCACACACCCAUGUACUUCUUCAUCGGCACCCUUUCCUUUCUGGAGAUCUGGUACACCACAGCGACCAUUCCAAAGAUGCUUGCCAGCCUGCUCGGUGAGAAGACAAUUUCCUUAAAUGGUUGCCUCCUGCAGAUGUAUUUCUUCCAUUCCACUGGCAUCAGUGAGGUUUGUCUCUUGACAGCUAUGGCCUUUGACCGCUACCUGGCCAUCUGCAGCCCUCUUCAUUAUCCCACUAUCAUGACCCCCAGGCUGUGUGCCCAACUGACUUUAGGUUGCUGUGUUUGUGGCUUUAUCACACCCCUCCCUGAGAUUGCCUGGAUCUCGACACUGCCAUUUUGUGGCUCUAAUCGCCUGGAGCAUAUCUUCUGUGACUCUCCCGUGCUACGCCUGGCCUGCACAGACACACAAGCCAUCGUCAUGAUUCGGGUGGUGGAUACUGUCCACGCAGUGGAGAUUAUCACAGCCGUAAUGCUCAUUUUCAUGUCCUAUGUUGGCAUUGUGGCUGUAAUUGUACGUAUUCGGUCAGCUGAAGGCCGCCGCAAGGCCUUUUCCACGUGCGUCUCCCACAUCACUGUCUUUUUGCUUUUCUUUGGCAGUGUGGCCCUCAUGUACCUACGCUUCUCGGCCACCUACUCCUUAUUCUGGGACACAGCCAUUGCUCUGGCCUUUGCAGUCUUGUCCCCCUUCUUCAACCCCAUAAUCUACAGUCUGAGGAACAAAGAGAUGAAGGAAGCUAUAAAAAAACACUUGGGUCAAGCUAAAAUCUUUUUUCAUAAGACCGAGGACCUCAAGUAA